AUGACCUGUCCACAACCUAAUGCCCGUGAUCUCGGAAACUUACUUCUUUGUACCGUGGACCAAGUCCAAAUCAGAACCUCCAUGGCCACAGUGGUGGAACCAGGAGAGCUACCCAACCCAAGCUGCACCAGCAAAUUUCUUUUGGGAAAGGCUAUUCUGGUGAAUGGAGGAGAUGUUAAUGUAAAAGCUGUUGACAAUGAUAACUACCCAACAUUUGGACAAGAUUACAAUCAACCAAUGGAAGAGAGGAAUCAGACAGCUGUGACUAAGUUUCUCUUCUUGGGCCUCACAGAUCAGCUCCAUCAACAGAUAGUCCUAUUCAUCGUGUUUCUCUUUGUCUAUCUUGUCACUCUGGGGGGGAACCUGGGGAUGAUCACACUCAUAUGGAUAAGUCCCAGACUCCACAUUCCUAUGUACUUUUUUCUUAGCCAUUUGUCCUUUGUAGAUAUUUGUACCUCCUCUUCCAUUGCCCCCAAGAUGCUGUGUGAUAUCUUUGUGGAGAAGAAAGGCAUCUCAUUCAUGGGUUGUGCUGCACAGAUGUGGUUUUUUGGUCUUUUUGUGGCAACAGAAUGCUUCCUCCUGGCUUCCAUGGCAUAUGAUCGGUACAUGGCCAUCUGUAAGCCCUUGCUGUAUACACUCAUCAUGUCCCAGAGGGUCUGUGUGCAGCUGGUGGUAGGACCUUAUGUCAUGGGCUUUAUUAGCACUAUGACCCAUACGGUUCUCACCUUUGGCUUACCCUUUUGUGGUCCAAAUAUUAUCAACCACUUUUUCUGUGAUAUUUCUCCACUGCUUUCCCUAGCCUGUGCAGACACUGGGAGAAAUAAGUUGGUGCUUUUCAUCUUGGCAGGAGCUGUAGGAGUCCUCAGUGGUCUGAUAAUCCUGAUGUCCUAUGUUUGCAUCCUGGUUGCCAUCCUGAGGAUUCAGAGUGCUGAUGGGAGGCGGAAAGCUUUCUCCACCUGUUCAUCUCACCUGGCAGCUGUGUCCAUUCUGUAUGGCACUCUUUUCUUUAUCUACGUUCGUCCCGGCUCAAGUUCCUCCCUGCAUAUCAAUAAAGUGAUUUCUCUAUUUUAUACCAUGGUGAUCCCCAUGUUGAACCCCCUCAUCUAUAGCUUGAGGAAUAAAGAGGUAAAAGAUGCAUUCAGAAGGAAGUUUGAAAGGAAAAGUUCUGAUAGGUAA